AUGAGUAUUUCGUACCUGCUGGUUGCACUUUGUUUCCUUGUCGGCGCUGAGUCUCGAUAUGCCAAAGUUGAGGCGAAUCUUGCAGUGACUGUAAUCGAGGAUACUCCGCGUCAGUUUAGCGCGGAUCAGGUGCGCCUCUGCGCCCAGCAGACGGAGCUGUCCUUGAAGGAGCUGCUGCAGUUUCACACCAACGAUGCCACAAAUGUCACUGAGGCCACUCAAUGCUUCACGCAUUGCCUCUACGAGCAGAUGGGUCUGAUGCACGACGGUGUCUUUGUGGAGCAGGACUUGGUUGGUCAUCUGUCGGAUGCAAUCAAUCCCACCUGGUGGCCACAACGUGCCUGUCAUUCACUCCGCGGCACCAACAAGUGCGAAACUGCCCACAAGAUUCAUCAAUGCAUUCAGCAGGUCAAGACUGAGAAACUCAACCUGGACAACGGCAAGGCUGAGGCAACUGCGAGCCCAGUUACGGAAACUAAUGCUAUAAAUUGA